ACAGGAUUCGCAGAAAUUCGUCUGCCUUGUGCCUUGUGCCUCUGGUGCGGCGCUGUUCGGUGUUAAUUGAUUGAACAAGUCGAUGAGGCCAUCGAUCGAGGAGCGCGGGACAGAAUCACAGAGAGUCGAUAAAUGUGCGGUCCCGGUCGUCACUCCCCCUAUCGCGGUGCUGCUGAUACUGACUGACUGAACCGAAGCAGCUGGUCUGAGUGCAAGCAAUAAGACACCUUCCCAACUGGCGUUAUUCCUUUGGGGCGGAAAAUAUGCGAGAAGUCGAAAAUCAAAUAAAUAAAUUUAUUAUCAAAUCAGGUCAAUUUGUAUUAAGAAGAAAUAUUGUUGAGUGAGAAUUGAAUGUGCCUUGGCUGGUGCGCAUGCAGUGGGUAGCGGAGCCAGAGUAAGAGAGAGUAGUAGACCCGAGAGUUCACUGGAAAGUGCUGCGCGUUGGCGAAGAAGAUGUGUAAAUAAUAUUACUUCAUAUCACAACAAUAGGACUGUUACUGCAGAGCGGUACAUUUGCAAUUGUGCUCUGGAACGUAUCUGUUGGCUGGUGGAAUUUCACCCACCGAGAUAGUACCGGCAGUGGUAGAUUGAUUCGUGGUAUAUUACUGCCAACUAGUGGCUGCUGCUAAUCAUCCCGGUCGCGUGUUGCCGUUGGUGUGGUGAGUGCUCGAGGCAGCUACGCGUACGUUGUGGAAAGUGAUAAUAGAACCUCUGUUCGGAACCGGUUCAGUCGUGCGAUUUCAGCGCGUAAACAAAUCUACAUACAAUCGCGAGUGUGCUGCUGCGGUACUACCAGCUACUACUACUACUCCUCGAUAGGGCAAUAAAUCAAACCGAAACUGUCAGCAGGAAUUAGAUUUUCGAGCCGCCUUGAAGAGCCGCGCACGCCGCCUCGAUUCAGCACGAGUGAAGAAGCCGCACUCUAAAGUGGUUUGUAGGUUACGUUACGGUGCCAGUGAAAUUGCCAAUUGAACAAUCUUGCUAUAGAUUCCCAGCCAGUCAACCAGCCAACCAGCUAGCCGCGUCGAGUCCGCGUCGGUCCGAGGAUGAAGCUUGCGGUGGCCUGCCUGGUGGUGCUCGCGUUGCGCGCCCAAGUGCUGGCAGUACCGCCCAAGUCGGAACCAACGAUCUCGGAAUGCACUGCAAAGGGUGGUGAAUGCGACGAAAGUAAGGGGCGCCCGGUGUGCGGCACCGACAACCAAACCUAUCCGACGAGGUGUCACCUAAUUAGGGCGCAGUGCAGUGGCCAUCAGGUGAGCCUGAAGCAUCGGGGGACCUGCAAGGAUGUGUGCCUUGCCUCCCGCACAUACGCCCUCCAGCAUCGGUCCAGUUCGGCGUACGGGGUUAAAUUCGUACCGCGCUGCCGCGAGGAUGGAACCUACGCUCCAGUCCAGUGCCUGGAGAGUGUCGGCUGCUGGUGUGUCAACAGUCAAGGUAAACCACUGCCCAAUACGACGGUACAGCACGGGAAACCGGUUUGUGUGAAGAAGGGUAAAUCGAACCAACGCCGAUCUUCGCCGAGAAAUCCGGUUAGGAAUAAACGCAGUUGUUCACGCAUGGACCGUGCCCUGUUCAACCGUAAUCUGCUAAAGCUGUUCGAGAACGAGCACAUUCGCGUUCAGCACAACGUGAGAGGCAGCUUGACGGCAGCGGCCGGAGCUGUCAGCGAGAAAACCGUACUAGACUGGAAGUUCGGCUCGAUGGACGGAAACAAGAACGGAAUGCUGGACAAGAGCGAGUACCGGGAACUGAAGCGGUUGAUCAAGAAGGUUGUCAAACCGAAACGUUGCGGACGCUCGUUCGGGAAGAGCUGCGACGCCGAUCAAGACGAGCGGCUGUCUCGGCUGGAGUGGUCCAACUGCUUCUCCAAAGAUAACCUGACACCCGAGAUGGAUCACUAUCCGUCACAAUCAUCAUCCUCAUCAACUACUUCCGGUGGUACUUCUGGUGGAUUGUACGCCACUGCUACCCAUCAUCACCAUCAUCACCAGGGUGCGGUCGUCGGCGGUGGCGGUGGCGGGGGUGGCACAAUAAUCGGUGUCGGUGGCUCGCACUCUUCCUCUAGCUCUAGCACCCAUCACCACCAUAGUUUCCUCCGGUACGAUGAAUCACAGCAGAAUGGCUCCAGCCAAGAUUACAAUGAUUUUGACGAUGAAGAUGAUUACUCAGAAAAUGACGACGAUUCGGACGAACUGCCCGAUAGUGAUAACACGCUACUAAACGGACUGCACUUUAGCAUUGCCGGCAAGCGGCUGCAGCCCAACCUGUUGCUGCAGGGUAAAACUACACUGGAACUGAAGGGCGAACAGGAUCCCAUCUUUAAGGACAGCGAAGCCGAAUCCGACUGUUUGAGUGAUCGAGCGGCAGCAUUGGAAGAGCAGCGGGGUGGUGCAACUGCUCUUUAUGUUCCCGAGUGUACCGCUGAUGGGCGAUAUCAGCGGGUGCAAUGUUACCGUUCAACCGGGUACUGCUGGUGUGUACACGAGGAUACCGGUAAAAAUAUUCCCGGAACGUCAACGAAGGAUCAACGACCACAGUGUGAUGUUUAUCCCGGCGUAGGCGGCAGGCAGAUGCGGGGCUGUCCGGACGAUAAGAAGCUAGAGUUUCUGAAGGAUCUAAAAGAUUUCCUGAAACAGCAAAUUGCCAGCAAUUCUGUCACGGCUGCUGACAACACAAAGUGGGGUACGGAGGAUGAGAAAAUUGCCACACUCAGCUUUGUUCUACUGGACAAGAACAAAAAUAAAGUGUGGGAAAGAAAGGAAUGGAAAACAUUCAGAGAGUUGGUUACUGCUGCAAGGCAAUUGCGCAAAUGUGGUAAAAAGAUGCCUCGUUAUUGCGACGUAAACAAUGAUCGCAAAAUUACGCUAUCCGAGUGGCUCAACUGCCUGCAGACUCAGCGAACUCCGUACGUACUGGACAGUAGUAUGUCCAAGGUUUCCUCGGCCGCUUUCUCAUCCCCCAGCAGCAGUAGCAACAGCGGUGGUAGCAGCGGUAGCAGUAACGGUAGUGCUCUGCACGGCGACGGGUGGAAACCCGCGCUGUCUGCCUCGUCAAGUUCGAAAUUCCGUGGUCCCAACCCGUUGGAAUCGGUUUUAAAAAGCGAUUGAUGUCACCCGCCAUCCCGCUAGAAACACUUGGCCAGAAACUAACGAACGAAUGAGACUUAAACUCUGUCCAAUGACAAAAAGAAAAAAAAAACAAGGAGCAAGUUAGAGCACAAUCGUGGUAAGGCAGGCUCACUAUGACAGAGACAGAUCAGGAAAGAGCCAUUCAGACGAAUUAUGAUUUACAAAACCUAUAUAAGAUGUAGUGCCAUGUUUUACAACAAUACGCAAACCGUUUAGUGCAUCAGAGAAACAUCUUUUAUGGUGUGCAAACCAACGCUAACUCUAAUUCGAACAAAUCGAAUGUAAUACUAUGCAUACUACCGAUGUACCAGUGAUAUUUUCGCACUUUAUAUCGCAAAAUCUUAAACAAAAGAAACAUUGCAUAUAUUUAUUCCUACACUGAGAGAAGAUUACAAACAAACAAAAAUCGAAUAAAAUUACGGGCGGGGGCAGUUUCGGAUUGUUUUCCUAGUAUUUAAGUUGAUGUAUGCGAAACCGUUGAAGCAGGAAUUCAGAAGCAAAAUUGGUUCAGACAAAAUCAGUAUUACAGAAUAAAAAACAAAACUGUCGGAUUUUAGGUCGCUUUACGCCGGGUCGGUACAAUUGAUGAGAAUUUCUUUACGACAAUCUACUUGUUAUACAGGCAGACACGACGAGAUAGAUGGAUGAAUUUGAAUGCUGCUACAUACAUAGCAAGGAACUAAAAGUGCGUGUGAUAUAUGUUAUUUAAUUUACAAUAUACGUUAUUUUGUAGACUCUUUGUACGAAACUUUUCAACUUUUUUUAGUUAUUUUCUCACGAAACUCAGCUAGUCGUUUCGAAGCGACAUCUUACAUAAAUAUAUUAUAUUUGGUUUUUCGUUAGGCUAUAAUAUGAGUUCAGUUACGACACAGUUUUAGUUAGAGAGCUCUAGGGAAAACCACUAUCUGGAGACUAUUUAUACGACACUAUCGACGAAAGCAAACAGUAAACCAUUAUAAACACAGUUCCUUCACCCUUUUGAUAGCGUGUUGGUAAGGAAGCAUAAGUGCAUUUGGUAGCCUGUAGUAGGUUACGGUAGGUAGGCGGAGAUUCGC